ACGAAGAAAAUAAUUUUUUUUUAUUUGGUGAAAGAAGAUUGCUUUUAUGUGCAUUUCGCGCCUAGUAAAAAAAAUAUGACGAAUUGACUUAGCAAAUCGACGACGUGUCCUUUGAUGAAGAGUGUCUCUCCUAAGCUGAAAGAAUGACGGUGUCUGAAGAGAUGGCAACGGAACUGACGAAUAAAAAGGCGGAGCGGGACGCUCUCAGAGGACUUAUACAGCAGUGGAACGCCAAUCGCUUGGAUCUGUUUGAACUUUCGGAGCCUAACGAAGAUUUGGAGUUUCACGGCGUGAUGAGGUUUUAUUUCCAAGACAGCGGUCAAAAGGUCGCUACUAAGUGCAUCAGGGUUGCCUCGGACGCGACUAGCCAGGCAGUGAUAGAAACGCUCAUAGAAAAAUUUCGUCCCGACAUGAGAAUGCUGUCCGUCCCAGAAUAUGCUCUUUACGAGAUUCAUGAGAAUGGAGAGGAGCGUAAGCUUGAUUUAGAAGAAAAACCAUUACUAGUUCAACUAAAUUGGCAUAUGGACGAUCGGGAGGGACGCUUCUUGCUGAAGAGGAUCGACGAUAAAACCAAUGCGCAAGGCGUCGGUUUUACUUCAGCCGAGGGUUCUAGCUUCCGAAGAAAGUUGAGCAAGCGGGAGAAAAAACAGAUUAAGAAGCAGGAGAAGCUCAGUCGAUUAAAGAGUUUAGAGCAGGAUGAGAAUGCGAUGCCGGGUGAUCAGAACGGUGUCGCCGAGAAGCUUUACACGGAAUUGCCUGAGACCAGUUUUACGAGGAGUAUCUCGAAUCCGGAAGCGGUGAUGAGACGACGUCGCCAACAGAAGCUUGAAAGAAGACUCCAACAAUUUCGUAGUAAAGACGGCGGUCCUGACACAGGCGGCACAUUGAAAAUUUAUGGUGAGGCGUUGUGCAAAGAUGUGCCAUACAAAACGCUGCUAUUGAGUGUGCGCGAUUCCGCCGCUCAGGUUGUGCGAGAAAUGCUUUCUAAAUAUGGCCUGGAAAAAGUGGACCCACAGUUAUAUUGCCUUGUGCAGGUUAAUAGUGAAAACGUGAGUGCCAAUAUGCAUCAGGAAUAUAUAUUGGACGAUGACGAGUGUCCUUUGGCGAUAUUAAUGAAUCAUCCUUCCACGCGAGGUUCCAUUAUGUUUCAUGUGAGGAGGAGGCCCGCAGAUUACAUGCCGCGGAAACGUAAAAAGAAACCAGCCGGAAAGUGGAACGAGCUAGAUCAUAAGUACGAGGAUGAGAGGCUACCAUUUCUGCUGGAACUUAAUCCUGAUGGCAGCGAUAUCCCGAAUGGCGCCGGAGUGCGACACCGAUUACAACCAAAUGUCACAGAGGUAGGAUCAGAGAGACCGAUAGGACCGCAAGCGGUGCAAGCGCAAACACUGACGCUGCCGGGACCGAUGGUAAUGCCCAGGCAUUGCGUUAUAGCCUUUACCGAGAACAUUGUGACUCUCACGCCGUGUUCCAGAGAUGCGCACACAUACGUUAACAAUCAGAGGAUACAUCAGACGACUAUUCUACAGAAUGGAGCUAUCAUCAAAUUCGGCAGAAUGCACACCUUUCGAUUCAUUGACCCUUGCACACGUAAUGAUAGACGCUCGCCGGACGCGACCAGUCAGGAUGUCAGCUCAGAGAAGUUUCAUCCGGGGUCUGGAGCACCGAACGGCGGUGGUCAGAUCCCGGGUCAAGCUCAAGAGCGAGCGACCCCAUCAAGUCCCUCGAAGUCUGCUGUUGCAGCAGUUCGUAGUCCUCGUAGUCCCACGCACCCGCCGGAGCCCACGCACAAUUAUGAGACCACAUUCGACCUGGAUGGAAACGUGGAGACCGCUAGUCUAAGCAGCAGCAGAGAUGGCAACAGGCUCUCGCAAUACGAUCGACAACCGCGAGGCACCGAUCCAAUUCUGCCAGCUGUCUUAGAGUUUCUCGAGGAGACAGAGGAGACAUUCCUUCACGCUGUCAUCACCGAUAUAGAACCCUCGGCGCCACAGUUCAAGUUGGCGCCAACAUACACCCUCUAUCUCAGCGCCAGAUAUCGCGCCAGUACUCAUUACAGACCAGAAUUGCAGCCUACAGAAAGAGCGCACCGACUUACCGUCAUGUUGGCGAAUGUUGCUACUAUGAUACAACGCGUUAUCCAGGAACGUUACAUGGACGCUUCGUCACUGGCGUUUUGGCUAGCAAAUGGCUCGGAGCUAUUACAUAUGUUGAAAAGUGACCGGCAUGUGGGUGCAUUUUCUACGCGAGCGCAAGAUAUCUUGGCAGAAGCAGUACAUACGGCUUUCGGCUCGUUAGUGCGCUGCAUCACAUUAGAGCUUACACCAGCAAUGACACAGUUCAUGGCGGACGCAGAUGAACCAGCGAAGGAGGCUGGAGUGCUGCAGAUUUUUUCAAACACGAUGGCCUUAUUACGACGAUGUCGUGUGAAUGCCGCAUUGACGAUACAGUUAUUUAGUCAUCUGUUUCACGCGAUCAAUGCCACAGCUUUCAAUACUCUCGUUUCAAAUGGAAAUCUGUGCGUCAGAUGGUUCGGACGCAGACUCAAAGCGAGACUGAACGCAUUAGAGACCUGGGCCGAAAGACAAGGUCUGGAACUUGCCAGUCAAUGUCAUUUGGCGACGAUCAUGCAGGCGACUCAUCUAUUACAAGCUCCGAAAUACAAUGCUGAGGAACUGGCUACGCUAAGCUCGACCUGCUUUAAAUUAAAUUCUCUACAAGUGAGGGCAUUACUACAAAAAUAUCAACCGGCCGCGGACGAGCCUAGGCUACCUGCCGAGUUGAUCGAGAACGUAGUGAGAGUAGCAGAGAGUGUCGCGGAUACACUUGCGCGUGCAGACGGCCGCGAAAUAAGACUAGAAGAGGAACCUGUCCUAGGAUUAGCAUUGCUACUUCCCGAGGAUGGCUACAGUUGCGAAGUAAUAAGAGGUGUUCCACCGGGAUUAGCAGAAUUUCUAGCACCUCUGCAACGAGACGGAUUAUGUCGAAUGGCAGCCCAACCUACUAGUAGUGGUUAUUGGACCAUUUACAUGAUAGAUCACCAUAACAAUUUGCGUAGUCCCAGCGCAAUGAGUAAUAGAUCUGGUGGUUACAUCAGUCACAUAAAUCAAAACCAAGCACAACCUGAGAUACAUGUUAUUAAAUUACACAAGAGUACCAACGGUAUGGGCUUAAGCAUCGUUGCAGCAAAGGGCGCAGGACAGGAUCGAUUAGGUAUCUACAUCAAAAGUGUUGUUGCUGGUGGUGCCGCAGAUGCUGAUGGUAGAUUGACGGCAGGUGAUCAACUACUCAAGGUAGAUGGACAAAGUUUGGUCGGGAUAACGCAGGAAAAAGCUGCUGAGUAUCUUGUACGUACCGGUCCGAUCGUGACAUUGGAAGUUGCGAAACAGGGCGCUAUAUAUCACGGACUUGCAACGUUAUUAUCUCAACCUUCUCCGGUGAUGUCAAGAGCAUAUAAGACUCGGCCCAGGUCCGAGCUCUUAGAGUCAGCGGUAGAGACAACGGAGACGACCAAUCAGCCAGCUACGUCACACUCAGUGGGUGACUUAUUGUCCUUUCCGAAGCAGGCGCCGUGUCAGGAGCCAGUUCAACCAGGUGCGAUAUCAUCUCAAUGCAUUUUUGAGACACCCUUUUACCGUAAUCAGAUCAAUCGAGGUUUCUCACGAGUUGACGUCGAUGAGUACCGUUCCAUGCGACAAGAUCCGCUCUUUCGUCAGAGAGGUGCAUAUCCCAGUGUCUAUUCCGUUGACAACAGAGAACACAUUUAUUGUCCAUCCACCCCUAUCGUAUCUCCCGUGCGUCUCUCGAGACCUCGUAUAUCUUGUCCCUUGAUUUCUAUCACGAGCGACAAUGAGGUAUCAUCUGUCAUAUAUCAAAAUGAAAGUGACGAGAGUGACGAUAAGAUCAUAGCGGAAGGAGAUGACAGCACGGAACAAGGUGGAGCCACGACGAGUGAUUUAAAUUAUUCGACAGAUGCUUUAAAUCUAUUCGAAAGGAUCACCACUCCAUUGCGAGAGUAUGCAGGAGUUACAAAGAAUUAUAAACAUUCGCUGCUAACGGAACCGCUGACUGUCGAUAGAAAUCUUUUUGAUAAUAUACCCUACAUUGAUCAAACCGACGGUAUUAAUUUCACAGAAUCCUCUGAAUGCGUUCAAACUAACUUAAGUAACAAAUGCGAGCAUUGUAUUAACGCUGAUUGUGACAACUUUAAUCUUGAAAAUUCUCAGAAACGCACAAAUGAAGAGCGUAAUAGACAGCAGACUAGUUUUGAGUUAAAUACACGUAACAAUCCAAACUUUUCAUUGAUUAGCUCGUUUCCUGUGAAUAACUCAAUAUUGUUUACCAAAGACACUACAAUUGGAUCAGAUUCCGUUGUAGAAUCUAAAUCAGAUGAUUUCUUACGCUUUUAUGACGUGGAUACAACAAAACAUGUAUUGAAUAUUGAUGAACGAUGCGAGGACAAAUUAGAGGAUAUGUCCAAUUCCGAAGAUUGCGCGGACGAAUCUAGUUCCACGAUUAAUGAUGAUUGUGCGUCGAGUAGAACCGACAGAGAUACCGAGGAAGGAAUCUCGACCCCUAAAAUGUACACAAUAAUGCCAGAGUUACAUCUCGAUCUGAGCGGACUAAACAACGACAUGUCCAGUGAUGAAUCUAAAAUAGAGAAGUGUUGGAAGUCACCGGAAGAAGUGCGCUUAGGGUGCGGUAGAGUCGCAGCGCUAGCGAAACAUUUCUCAAAACUUGGCGAUGCCGGUUUAAUCAAGUUUAAGUCCACCAAGUUGAAUGGUUCGCGCCAAUUCGUAUCUGAGCCAAAUAUCAUGACGUCGCAUAAAAGCGACGAACAUUUGCAUCAUUCUUAUCAUGCGCAGAAAGAAUACAAAUCGGAUUCGAACUUAGUAAGAGAAAGAGAUGAAAAUUCUCGACUUUGUUUAGAUGGGAGACACAACAAUAUCAUUCUAGUUGAUGUUGAAGCAGAUGACGAUUUUGCGAUUGAAAAAUGUAAAUUUCAUCAUUGCGGCACUAGACGAGUCACAAUUGCUAAGAUUCCAAUGAACGAACAAAUUACGAUUGAUACUGAGGAAAAUAAAAUCCAAGCAAGGGGCGAAAAUCACGAUAAAAAUAUCAUCAAAGAUGAAAAUCAAAGUUUACUUGAUACUAAAAAGGAUAUAGCUUUAAUAAAAGUUGAAAACAUAUCGCAUAAUAGUAACAAAGAUGAAGUGUUUCUUAAUACCAAAAAGGAUAUAACUUUUGUUGAGAUGGAGGACAUGGCAACCGGUGACAGCAAAUCUCAAGCCGUUUUUAUAGGUGGAAAUAAAAAAAAUAUGUUAACUGGAAAAGAUAACAUUAAAAAUAGCAGUUCCAAACUCUCCUUCGAGCAGCAGAGAGUAAUCGCAGAACAACUCGAGCAAUUCUCAAAUCUAGAUAACGCCGAUGCGCCUUUAUUUAUACCAGAGCAAGACAUGUCAAAAAAUUCUACUAUUUCUCAAAAAAAUCAGAAUAAUGAAACAUCUGCUAUUGAUUAUUUGACUCAGUUGAAUUUAAUAAAGCAAUUAGAGACAGCACCUCGAGAAAAAUUAUUGUCAUUGAUCGAUAUAGAUGAUAACUUUAAAAAAAUUAAGAAAACUUCUGAUUCUUCAUCAUUCUCUUCUCUGCCUUCCAUUCCAUCUCCUUCAUCUUCCAUCGUGAUGUCACUAUCGAACGUUGCGAAAAGUUCUCAGCCCUCGGAAAAUAUCAAGUCACAGAUUUAUCAAUAUUGCGAAAGAUAUCCCAAAUGCUUGUUUAUAGAUAUUUCUGCCGCUAAGAAUUGCUCCAACGACACCUCGAAAAGCUCAUUGAUGUCACAUACAAACGUGUAUUCACAAUUAGGUGAUAAUAAAUGUUCAGUUCUGCGAAUGCGAAUUGCCAGACCUCUUUGUAAUAGCGAAAGUAAUCUGAUCGGUGCUGCAAUUUAUGAUAAAGAGACUGAGAGAGCCAUAAAUCUUCACGACAAGUCUUCUAAAUUAACACAAAGCUGUGAAAGUAUUUUAAAUAAUAAAUUUUUAUCUGAUUCUAAUGAUCGAACACGAUCCUUCGAAAAUAUCUGCAAAGAACUAGAUUCAUCUUGCAAGUUUUACGAUACAUUAAUCUCAAAUCCUAAGGGAAGUGUACGAUGGCACCAUCAUCAUUCCCUUGAAGAAUUGAAAUCGAAAAAGGGAUUGAAGAAGCGAGACAAUUCGAUGAACUCUAUUUCUGUUCACUCUACCCAAACAAAAUUUGACAAAUUCUAUGGUGAUCGUCGAUUAGACUUCGAAGACGAAGAAGAUAUACAUUGGAAUCGUCAUUUGUCGCUCGAAGAAUUGAAAUCUAAGAGAGAAUCGCACGAGCAAGACAAGUGUAUGAAUUUAGAACGAUCUGCUGACGUACAGAGAUUUAACUGGAUGCUGAAAAAGAGACUUUGCAUGAAGCGGAUAAGCGACGAUCGGCUCAAAGAUAAUUCUCUUAAAUUGUCACAUGAAAAAGCGAAAGACAUGGAACAACAAACAUUGAAAAUAGAAGGGAAAUCUCAGAGCAAGUUUGAUGUUUCGAGACGGAAGUCCGAUUCAGAGAGAUACAAUUGGAGUUUCCGCGAGAUCAGCUCACUGAAAGAUGAUGACCGGUCCGCUUUGCGUCCUCGUCGCAUGAGCGAGCGGGAUUUACCGUCGCGGCUUGGACACGAUGCCACUCUUCAGCAAAUCCAUAGCAGCAAGUCUGUACCGGCAUUGCAUAAUAUGGGUACCGAGGCUAAGCAACAGCAUGAAGUGUUCAAUCCCGGAUACAGCAGAGCUUCUUCCAGCAACAGCGUUACACCGCCUGUUCAACCACCUCCUAUGGCGACGAUCAACAGUGCAACUUCUUUACGUUCCAGGUCGAGUCAUAACUUGCAUGAUCCCAUGAGAAUCGGAACUUUACCGUCCACUGGCUUAGUCAGCAGGCAGCAAUCGUCGCCCAAUUUAAAUCCAAGCACGUCGCACAUGAAUACACCGUCGAAUGUACAGGGCACAGAAGCAGAGCGAUUUUAUCAGAAUCUGAGUAUUUAUCGAAACCAAGAUUCGACGAUGAAGCAACAAAUCAGUUCACAACAGUCAGAAGAUAGAAAUCCUCAGCACAUCCAAAAGGGUUCAUUAAAGGGUUCACAGAACUCAUUGAACCGUCCCUCUACUAUGGAAGUUGGCAGUCAUUUCCGAGACCGUCCGACAUCCGCUUACAUUACCCAAGGCCAACAGCAGAGCUACUCGGCGGUCAGCAAUCAAAUGCAGCAACAAACUGGUGGUCCACCACCACGUUCCCAGUCUUCGCGCGACAUUAUCCGCCAAGAGGCGAAGAUGCAGGAGAUGCAGGAGGAAGUUCGCCGACGAGAAUUGCGUGGCGGCGUACCGUUACUCAAUCAACAUAGACCGCCAAUGUACAACAUCAGUACUCGAAUGGCGGUUCCUCCUGCUCAAGUGUCGAACUUGCGUUUACCAAGGCCACUCGGUUCCACGUCGAAUCUCCCAGGAACCUCCAACUACAUGGCGAGACAAAACGCGCCUAGUUACAAUUACCUGGAUGCCCAAUAUGCUCAAUAUAACAGCACGCAGUAUGGUCAAUAUAAUCAGUAUCCUAACCGAUAUCCAGUAAUCGGAAGUCAAUAUGGUCCGAUGAUGAUGCCCAAACCGAAAAACGAGACGAUCGCGCGCGACUAUCAGCCGAUGCCCAAUGAAAAUCUACUCGGCAGAGACUCGAGCAGCCAAGAAGCAAAGUCAUACGCCGAACAGAACCGACAUUUCGCGAGUUCACAGAAUAAUCCGCAUUAUCCGAAUGGUAAUCUAGAACACCGCGUUGAUCAAUAUGAGAAUGACAACGUCAAUCGUGCGCAAAAUGGAGAUGGCCACUCUACAGAAGUGCCGCCAACGAGACCGGCUUUGCCAUCUGAGGAUACAUUUAGCGAAAGUCCGCCGCCGCCACCGCCCAGCACUUCGACGCACCCUCUGUAUAAGCAAGCCGAUACGAGAUAUACCGCAAGCAUGCAGGAUCCACCACGAGGUAGUUAUUAUCCUGUGGGAGGAAUCAGUGCCAUGCAGCAACCGCGUCAGUAUCAAUAUAGCGCGACGAAUCCUUGGCAACGCGAAGAAAGAGAGAAGGAACAAGCUCGUAGAAGAGAAGCCGCUCGUCAAUGGCGAGAUCAGCAGAUUGCUGAACUAAGCGCGCUGACACAUCGAACUCAGCAGCAGGAGGAGCAACUGCGAGCUCUUCAACUGGAAAGAGAUUUUCAGAAGCGUGCGGAGGAGAUUGCCAAUCAAGACGAUGAUGAAGAGAGCAACGAUUUAGACAACGAGAGUGUGCAACGCGUUCAAGGCUUGUUAAGGAUGGCAGCCAAUCAAGACAGAGCAGUCCAAGGAGCUCUGCAGCCACCGACUUUAUCGAGAACAAUUACAGGCAACCAGUCUAUGAGAGGUGGUUUGCCUCUCCUGAGCAGCCAAUCUGUUACCAGCCACGUUCACAUUCUGCCCAAUCAAACAGCGUCUCAAAAUGUCGAAAUGAGCAAUCCUGGUCAAGAAAAUAAUAGCUUGCACGUACAACCAAAUCAGCAGCAACAACAAACGGCGGGUCAAAAUGAAGAGCAUGUGUCGCCAACUAAUUAUGGCACACAUAGCCAUUUUAGUUCUGGUCAGAAGUCUUAUUCCAUGGGUAUGUCGCAUUCCGAAGAUAGGGAACUGCAACGGAAAAUAGAUGAAGUGAAGCGGAAGCAAGCUGGAUAUGAGGAAAACCCGAAAAAACAAGAAGAACAACAAACAUAUCAAUCAAAUCAACAUCCGCGCAGUCAGCUACACCCUGGCAUGUUGCGCUUAGACAAUUUGAUUAUUAAUGGUCCUAAUAUAUCUACAUCUUCACAAAACAAUGUAAAUGAUGCACCCCCACCACCAGAACGAGGUUCUAGUUACGCCGUUAUGUCACAGCAAAGUGCUCUCAGAUCAAACGGCUCGACCACAUCUAAUCUACCUCCUACUUCUCAACAGUCAGCAUCUAUGAAAAGAGUUUCUUUUCAUGAUUCGAAUGCAAACAAUGAGUCCAUGCUGCGCAAUGUAUCAUCUGGAAUGUCAACCCCGCCGUCAAUCUCAAUGGAUACCAUUAGAGAAGAUCCCAACAAUUUUAUCAACGACGCAGAGAAUUUAUUAGCCUCUCCUAAGACACCGGAAGGAUCCGGGACUUCAUUUACUGGCGCUACUCCUGGUGUAAUCGGAGCUCAAGAAGUUUAUAAGGACCCGAGACAAAAACGACUGGCGGAAAAGCAGAAACAGCAGCAAAACUCGCAGAUUGGCGCGGUGCCGGAAAAACUCAGCUUUAAGGAGAAAAUGAAAAUGUUCGCAAUGGAAACUGGUGAGGAUGGCACACCGCGAGAUAAAGUGAAGAUCUCGCGCGCUCAGCGUGAGAUCGACAACAUCAGCAGCCCACUUAAUUCCAACAAUAACAAUAAUAACAAUAACACCACUACCAGCGGCAAUAACACUAAUAACAAUAGGACCUAAAAAAUGUUGCAUUUUUAUUUCCAGGCUUUAGCAAUUAAGAUAGAUGAAAUAUUUUUUGAAAUAUCUAGGGCGAUUGGAUGAAAGUCACGAUUGUAAACUGCAUAACCGCGUCACAAUAUAUGCGAAAAGAUAAUCUUUUUAAAUUUUAUAUAAUUUGGCCAAAAGAUAACGCUGUUGAUCACGCUGACACAUGAUACAUUUUGGAUGUGUGUGUGU